CAAAAAUAUGAAUUGCUAAAGCUUAAAGAAAAAGAAAAAAAAUAAUUUGAAAUCGAAUUCAAUUGUGCAAAUUUCGUGGCAAAAUUUGACAUUUGCAAAAGGGUUUACUUCAAAGAAGAUCCAAAGCUCAACAUUUUUGCAACAUGAAUGCACAAAUUCUUCUCGAAGAAAAUCUCUCUGCUGAAAACGGUCCCGAUCCCAUUGUGGCCAUGCUUCGCAAUAAAUAUGGUUUCCUUGACGAACCAUCAGCACCGAAGAACCGUGUGUUCAAUAAUCACAAGCAAGUUCCGAUGACACAGCAAAUGAGUGACUCUACUACGGGAACGGGGAACAACGGGCGUACCCACAAGCUCGUUUGCAUUUGCGAUCGUCCCAAUAAGGUCUAUCAGUGUGUCGCCUGCUACCUGUACAUGUGGGGACGCGCUGCCAAAAUUUGCGAGAAACAUCCUUCGGUGACUUUCCUCAUGGACUUUCGUGAGUGUCCCUACUGCGCUGCUGAUUAUACCAUCAACGAAACCGAUUUCCUUGAGGAAGACAUUGAGAAGUUUAAUGCUAGACUGCCAGACGACGAUGAUGAAGAUCUUUAAGCUGAGGGAAGUGCCACUGGAAGUGCCACAAUAGAAUAUUUUUGUAUAGACAAUUUAAUGCAUUUUGAAUGAGGAAUUGUUAAUAAUAAUUGGUGUGCUUCCACGAAAA